AUGGACGAGCCACUACCUAACCCUCCUGCUGAGCUCAAGGCGGUGCUGCCAUUCGUUCAACGAGCAAACGAACUACGUGCCGCCGAUAAAGUAAUUGCCUACUGGUGCUGCUACUACGCCGCUCAACUAGGCAUCUCUGGCGAUGCAAAAGGAGCCGAGGCGAAAAUGUACCUGCUCACGCUCAUGGACACGCUCGAAGAUCUCAAAGCCAAGCUCGCCGACAAUGAUGCCGUCACUAACGAUGCUGCUAGCUCAGCCUACGUCGAGAAUUUCGCGCUCAAGGUGUUCGUUGGUGCAGACAACGAGGAUCGUGCGGGCAAGGCAAGUAGGGCGACAGCGAAAAAGUUUCUUGCGGCAAGUCAAUUCAUCGAGUUGCUCAAGAUCUUUGGUACACUCGAGUCCGAGAUGAACGAGAAGAUCAAGUAUGCGAAAUGGAAAGCGGCGGAUAUUGCCAAGGCGUUCAAGGAAGGGAGGAAGCCUCAUCCAGGUCCUGCCGGAGGAGAUCUAAAAGAGGAAGCUGCGAAUAUUCAAGCUGCAAUGGGUCCCACAGCGCUGGAUAGCAAGGAGGAGCAGGAAUAUCUUGCUAGAGAGAUGGCCAAAUUGACAACUGCAGCACCGGACGAACCGCCGAUUCCUCCGCUCAAUGGGCCUGAGAUGUCCCGCGGAGCCAGCUCCGAUACCCAAACCACACCAGCAUUGACCGACUCAGUAAUCGGACCCAAUCCGCUCGACAGCGCUUCACCGGACGCAGAUGAGAUGUGGAAAAGCGGCAGUAAGCCCAGCGCUGAGACCUUGUCCCACAGCGCUUCUGCACAGCAACAAAGCCGAAGAGGCAGCUCGGAUCGUGCACAGAUUCAGUCCUCAAGCAGCUACGUAUCUGGGCUUGCUACAAGUCCCAACGCGCGCCCACUUCCAACUCCACCACAAAGCGACGGUCUUUCCAUUCCACCGAUCAGCGCCCAUCAUCAGAUGCUUGGGUCUAGUCCAGGCCUCGACAAGGGAGGCGCAAGUGCUGGACCCGGGGCGGCACCCGCUUCUUUCUGGGGAGUCGCUUCAGGUCCUUCAUCAGACCAUGAAGAUGGCUCUGGUGUGACUUCGAUGCUGCCAUCGGUCCCCUCGGGUCACCUGCCUCAGUUCGGAAGCGGUGUUGGUUUGAACGGUCAUCCAGCUAUUGAGAGGGUCGACCCUCCGAUCUCGCCCGGAACACCAACUCUGCCGACUACGCCAGGUCAACUUCCUGGAACGCCAAGUGCGCACGUCGGUGGUCAGGGUGGCCCUUUCAUCCCCUCGGUACCCUCCACAGCACCCACAGCACCUUCGGUACCUUCGGCACCUUGCAUGCCGACAGACUCCUUUGCACGAUACACAUCCACUGCACCGUCUGCGCCUAGUAUCAAUCCACCGCCUCCAGUACCAGCAGUCUACCCAGAGACUCUUGACCCCAGACUCUCUACACGUGUUCAGAAACUUGCCAAAGGCGCAGCCAGCGCGGUGGACUUUGAGGAUCUUGAAACGGCUCGCAUUCAGCUGCGCCAGGCACUCGACAUUCUAGAAGGCAGGACCACAUUGUAG